AUGGAUCAUUCUCUAGGCGCCCUCUUAGCACAAAAUAACGACGCGGGCUAUGAGCAUGGUAUCUACUACCUAAGAAGAACCUUGCAAGGAGCCGAACAGUGGUACCCGAUGAUCGAAAAGGAAUGUCUAGCCUUAGUGUUCGCCAUCCAGAAGAUGCGGUACUACCUGGUGGGCCAGACAAUCCACGUCAUUUCCCAGAUGAACCUCAUCCGAGUUUUCAUGACACAACCCGCGGCGUUAAAUUGGCGUCUGGCCAGGUGGGCACUUCUGCUGUCUCAAUAUGACAUCUAUUUCAUGCCGCAAAAGUCAGUCAAGGGACAAGUCAUCUGCGAUCUUAUGGCUAGUCACACGCUGGGGGCGAAGACUGACCUAUUUGAAGAUUUGCCAGAUGAACCCCCCGAAGACAACUUAACUUCAUCACCAAAGGUGUGGCAAAUAUUCUUCGACGGCGCGUCUCGCGUAGGCACGAGCGGCUCUAUUGUUGCAGAAGUGGGGGUGGUCCUCACUUCUCCGCAUAACCACAUGUUACCCCAAGCCUUUUCUUUGACAGAGCCAUGUACUAACAACGUAGCUGAAUACAAUGCGCUACUCAUCGGGCUCGAAUUAGCAAAAUAG